AGAAUACGGAAAAUCUCUGCGAAAAUUCGAAAGGGAAAAAACACACACACACAAAAAGCAAGAGGGAAGAGAGCGUGCAACGGGGCUCAAAGGGGCAUCUAAAUCCUACUGUUCUUCUUCACGAGAAAAAGCUCAAAACCCAUCAAAUUUAUAUUAAACUAUCUAUACUUCUCUCUCUUGCUUUUCCAUUUUUUCAUUUGUUUUUGGGUUUUCGAAAUUAAUGGCUAUUAUGAGGCACAAAGCUCGACAAAGCUAAAAGCACAAGGAAGAAGAGGAAGAGGAGGAGGAAUAUUUUGUUGAGUUGCCCAAUGCUUUCUUUUUGAGCUUCCAUACAAUGGCUGAAGAUCUCUGUUCUUUCAAGGAUAUAUUUCUUAUAAAGGCGCCCAAGAAAUCUCCGUUGGUGCUGAGGAUGAUUGUCUUGUUGUUUGCAAUGGUCUGUGGUGUCUAUAUUUGCUCAAUUUGUUUAAAGCAAGUCAGCAACCGCACCAACGUUGCCGGGUUUUUAAAUGUUCCGGUGAUUCAAAAGCCAUGCCCACGACCUGAUGUUGAGCCUGAGGAAGUUCCUUAUGUGCACUACCCAAAGCCCAUAACUUAUAGCCGGGCUGAAUGUGCAUGCAAUCCUGUGCGAUAUUUUGCAAUUUUGUCGAUGCAAAGGUCUGGGAGUGGGUGGUUUGAGACGCUAUUGAAUAAUCAUACUAACAUAAGCUCAAAUGGGGAGAUUUUCUCUGUUAAAGUUAGAAGAAGUAAUGCCUCAACAAUUGUUGAGACUUUGGACAGACUUUAUAAUCUAGAUUGGUUCAGUAGUGCCUCAAAGAAUGAGUGCACAGCUGCAGUUGGCUUAAAGUGGAUGCUUAAUCAGGGCUUGAUGCAGCACCAUGAAGAAAUAGUGGAUUACUUCAAAACUCGAGGUGUUGCUGCUAUCUUUCUCUUUCGAAGAAAUCUGUUGCGCAGGAUGAUCUCUGUGCUUGCAAAUUCUUACGAUCGAGAUGCUAAGCCGCUGAACGGGACCCAUAAGUCUCACGUGCAUUCUCCUCAUGAGGCAGAGAUACUUGCAAAAUACAAGCCUACAAUCAAUGCAACUUUACUGAUACCUAACCUGAAGCAAGUAGAGGAUACAACUACGAAAGCUUUGGAGUAUUUCAAGAGCACCCGGCAUAUUAUCCUAUACUAUGAGGAUAUUGUUAAAAACCGAACUAAAUUGCUAGAUGUUCAAGAUUUUCUUAAGGUUCCACAAAGGGAUUUAAAGAGUCGUCAAGUGAAGAUACACAAAGGCACCUUGUCUAAUCAGAUUGAGAAUUGGGGUGAUGUUGAAAAGACACUUACAGGAACACAGUAUGAAAACUUCCUCCAUGCAGAUUAUCGACGAAGGUAAACAGCACCGGGGCGAUGUACAUACCAUGCUUUGUUCUUUAACAUUUUUUUUUUCUUCUCUUUUCCUUAACCUCAGAAGCCAACAGGAGGUUACAGGUCCCCUCCCUGUUGAAAUUUUGGCGGCAGCUUCUGAAUUUCAAUUAUAGCUUCCUUGCUGUUAACUCAAUUUUUGUUUCUUGGCCACUCUCAAUUAAUAUUCAAUUGAUUCUUUCA